CCAACGAGAACCCGUUCUAUUUGCAAUCUUCAUUUGAAGUUGGGCAAUUUAACAUGAGUUUCAAUGGCAGAUGAUAUCUGUAUAGUGAGACCUAUAUUCAUUUGAGAACCAGUCUUAUCAUGUAAGUAAUUGUGGAGUGCUAUUUUGUCGACUUACAAAUUACGACUAUCAUGGGACGACCUGAGCAAAGAAAGCGAAGCAAAAAAUGUGCAGCCAAGUCAAACGUUGGAUGCUUUUCUUAUGAAAAAGAAAAAAGAUUGCUAUUUGCUCUUUUUUUACUCAACGCCCUAUGGGUGGCGACAAGAGGAAAGCCCCUCUCAGUUUUUUUCGAUGGCUGUGGUAUUGAGAACCGUGUACUCCAAUGUCUUCGGUUGGACAACUCAGAUUUGCCGAGAUUUGCGACCUGUGUAAAACAGCAGCAUGGACCCCUGGUGAUUGAUAUCCGUGAACACCAGUUAGACUGCACCUGCAAGUUUCUGGAUUUUGCCAAAAUGACUGCAACUGAUUCGAGAUUUGUCUUGUUUCACAGUAUCGACUGCAGUUCCAAGACCAUUGAAAAGUGUGUUAUGAAACCAGAUACCAAGCAUCUGUCCAGACAGGGUGCUCCCUCCUAUGCCUUGUUUGGUGGACAGAUCUUUGACAGCUCUUCCUCUGAUUUGAGGGACCACUUGGUCCGUAUGGACAAGCAAAAGAGAAGGAUUAUACAGUCUCUGAAGAAUCCCUUGGUCAGGGAGAAAUAUGAUGCAGCUCUGACCAUCUUAGAUACUGGUGAGUGAUUUACACGAACUAACCCAAGUUUGCUACCAUGUAACCCAGUCAACACCAAGGUGGUUCGAUCCUGCAACGCAAGCACCUCAUGCGAGAUUCAACCUACUGAGCUAAAUGCUGCCCCUGGUUAAAGUGAAAUGCAAUGAACCUUUUAGCCCUAUAACAAGCGAUACCGGACACACCCAGCCUGUUAACUUGUGACGUGGGUCUACACUGAACAAAACAAAUUGUUUAAUGGCAUAUGUCAGCACAUUGUAAACUACCGGUAUGUCUAUUUGGUGUUUAAACGAACUAACCCAAGUUUAGCAUGGUAAGUAUAAGACAACUUGCCCAUAUAAAAUGAUGUCAACAGAUAUGACGUUCCCUGACAAGGUAAUUUUUACAUUCAUCGAGAUCGAUAUGAACAAACUCCCAUUGCUAUGCUAUGUCUGGACCAAUGGGAUGACGUUACAUUGUAAUGAAUGUAACGGAAAUUUAAUUAUUAAGGGAACACAUAGAUAGUCACAGCAAAAGGUGACAGCCACCAAAAUAGGGUUUCCAUGAGUACUCGAGCACAGGCUGAGUCUAGCAAGACUUGAGUCCGUUCUCAAGACUCGAGUACCCGUGCAAGGAAGAGAACUAUCAUUAAUUAUAUGUUUACGUUCUUUUGUCAUAUGCUUGCCACCGGUUACAUUAUAGGGCUAUGAAAUACGAAGGGAAAACAAAAUAAAGGCAAAAUGUGUGGAAUGCAUGAUUUGGCAUC